CGCUCCACAGACUGAUUAACCCGUCACGAAAACACGCCCAUCUCCGCUCCCAUAGGACGAACGGCGAUCUUCGCCUCCUUCCAUUGGAUCUCCGCUGACGUUUCUGCUAACUGAUUUGCAUAGUAUCUCCUCAUUGGUCAGAGAUCUCGUCGCUCGGCAGUUGAUUGGCUGAGUCGCUUGUGUAGCUCGUAUUACUUUACUUGCAAGCCCGGGGCGGCAGUUGGGCAAGCUCUUCUGUGAGUAGAAGAAGCUGGUGAUACUAGAAGGUGGUGUGGGCACGGACCGAGCCGCCAGCAGGGCACCGGCUGCCAAUCCGACGAUCACCGCGCACUAUAGCCACAGAGGAGAGUCACUAAAAUAUACUCUGUCCACAAGGAAAGAUGACUCCGGCUCUUACGGAUACAAUGACUCAAGAACCUGGAGUUCAUUUCUCUCCUUCACUUGGAAUUAAGUGCUUGAGUACAGAUCUCAAUGUGUGUGUGGAUAAUUCCAAGACCAGUUCCAAAGCCAGCAGCUCUAGUGUAGCCUAUAGCGAUCCUUCACUAUGUCUCCAGGAAGACUUCUCUAGCAUGAACCAAGAUGAAUCACUUUCUUCAGCACAUUACCAAACAGUGUUUGUAUUGACAACCACUUCUGAUAUGAACGUCGAGGAUAAUAGUAGCUUUCCAUUGAAGACAGAGCAAGAUUCCUAUCGACAGAGGUUUCAUGCACAGCAUGAGGCCCAUCCAUUACUUAUGGAAAAAAAAGUGAAGAGAGAACUUUUUCCAGGUACCGUCAGCAAAGUUCUAGCAGAUGUAAACAAACUAUGGGAUAUAUCUGUGACUGAAGACGAAGGGGUACAUAGACUGAAUGGACGAAUAGAUGGGGAAAGUGUUGCUUUUGUAUUUCCUAGUAACUGCUCUCUACCUGACUUGAAGUGUAUAUCACCUAUGAAGGAUAAACUACAAAAGAUAACCAAUAAGGAAACUGAGGCAAAGUUGUUGCAUCAAAAAUGUCGGAAUCAGCAACAGGAACUCCUUAGUCAUGCGCAAAGAGCCAAGAAGCGUUUGCAGUUGCUCUUGGCAAAAUAUACUGUGGAUCAUUGUAGCCAACAGAUAAGUGGCUUAGUGAAACACAAGACUGAAGAGCUCAAUGUACACAGCUGCUCUGAUAGCCAGUCAGGUACAGGGCAACAUACACAUCCAGGUGUGGUGGAAGGACUGACCAAAAGUGCAUACAUUGACUUUAAACAGGGGGCCACCCAGGUCCCUCCCGCUUCUAUCAGAAAGUUUUCUGUGCCAGCAAAAAGGAUUCUUGGUUGUAUUCAACAGGAAUUGGAUUCGGAUGUAACUGAAAGCAGCUCUGAUGAGGACUGGGAUGAAAAGCCUAAGAAUACUCAGAACUGUGCUGCUGAAUGGAACUGGCUUUCAGAAAGAGCAAAUGCUGGGAGUCGCUGGACCUGGCUUCAGGCUCAGAUUGCAGAGUUGGAAUACAAAAUUCAUCAGCUGGUGGAUCUGCAUAGUCAACUGCGCAGCAAAAAGGGAACACUGGUGUUUAAGGAAUGUUCAAAUUGCAUUCGCGGGGAAGAGACACAUCUGCCAUAUCCAGGCACUUCAUUACAGCCUGCAGAGACGCUGGCAACACCCCCAGAGGAAACAAAUCUGCCUCCAGCAAUGGAUUUAGAAAUGUCUCCAAGCAGCCCGACCUUGCUCCUCAGAAACAUAGAGAAACAGAGCGCUAAACUGACUGAGAUGGUUAGCAGUCUUAUUACUGCCAUUCCUAAUAAUCUGUCUCCUACUAAACCUGUGAAACAUUUGCCAAUUGGAAAGAUGUCUGCUAGAGCUUCUAAGGGACCAUCAAGGCUGCUAAAGCCAGGAGCUCCCACCAUGAAUGGAUUCUGCAAGCAGCAGCCAGUAAAAAAAAGGAAGCGGAUCCAUGCCAAAGCCUCCAUUACACCUGCGGGCAGCUCAGCGCGAACAAGACCUCUGCUGUUAUUUCACAAGAGGAACCUCUAUAGAAUGUUUCCAGGCUACACACCUUUGCAAUUGGCUUUGCACUCUCAUCAAUCAUUAUAUGAAAUAAAUGAAUCGUGGCAAACCUCAAGCUAUGGCUCUACUCGGCUCAACUGUGAAAAUCUUCAGAAACCUGUGUUAGUAAAACGAAAUGUCUGUGAGAUAGACUCCGGCUUCCACCCUGUCUUGUCACUACCUUCCGACCUUCCAUUACAUCUGCACCUUGAGAGUUUGCUGAAGUACAAGAUUGACAGUAAUAAUACGUCGAAUAGCAGAUUGUUCAACCCUGAUGAUGACGAUGAAGAUGGUGCUGAUGAAAAUAUCUCUCAUGUACCUGGCAAGAUUUGUCCAUCAAGCACUGGGUCACAAGUGGUAUUCAAAACACCUAGCCAGGAAAGAGGACAUGGGAAUGCAACUGAAGCUGAUAUUCGCCUGAAUUAUGCAACCCCAUCUGAUGAUCUCAGCGUGACACCCACUUCUCAGAAAACCCCUGUACAGUUACAGUUACGGGACCCCAGUAUUUUGCUAAGUGCAGCAAGACGAAGAGUGAGGAGUGAAAGCUCAUAUGACAUCGAUAACAUAGUUAUUCCCAUGAACCUGGUUGCACCAUCUAAAUUAGAGAAAUUACAGUACAAAGAAAUUCUCACCCCAAGUUGGAAAGUAGUUGCACUUGAACCACUGAAGUCUCCUUCAUAUAAAGAGCUCGAAGAUGUAUCAGACGAGGCUUUUUUAUUCCGUCAUCAGAAAUGUGAGCAAACAGAAAGAGCUCGCUGGUCAUUUUGGGAACAGAGCAAGUGGCCGAAAAGGAGCAGAUCUUCAAGCCAUAGCUCAGGUCAAUGUCCAGAAAAUAUGUUUUUAUCCACUGAAGAUAUCUGUAGUCCGAAUUCCAUGUCACCAGAUUCUUGGAACACAUCACCCCCUAGUGGUUGUGCUUCACAAAACCUACAGUCUGCAGCUGACUGCCAGCAAGGGAAGACAGAUCAAUGGGAGCGUAGAAUAUUUCCUCUAACAGAAGAAGCUGCCAAGGAUCCAAAUAAAACAACUAAACCGUCAUCUUACCCCUGCGCAGUACAGCCUACCCCAGCCCAUGAGGACAAAGGAGCGAAACGCCUCCAUUCCAGCUAUGACAAAGAGUAUAGGUGAUGGAGCACUCUCCACUAAUACUCACCGGCUAGCCUGGUGCUUCGGAAGAUAAACAAGGUGCUGCCGAGGACACUGAAAUCCUGCAGAUCAUUCGGCCAGUCAGCAUUAGAGCAUUGUAACGGGCACUGCUCCAGCGUUAUGGUUGUUCAGAUUUUGUUUUCUUUCUCAUAUGUAGCUGCAUUCGUGCUACCUGAAGAGAACUUGAGCACUUGUUUAAUGUUAUCAGACUGCAUGAUAAUUUCCAUAUUUAAAAGGAAUCUUUUAGUGCUUGGAUGUGACCUAGACUGUCAACAGUGUUCAGUAGCCUUGUACAAUAUAGUGAAUAAUACUGCCUCGGACUGGCACGCCUCACCAACUUACCGUGCAUGCACUGCCCUUUGAAUCAACAGUGCAGGUGCAAGACUUGGAUGCAGGGCUCAGUAGAGGACCAAGCCAAACAUAAAUGGAGGAGGGAAGGAGCGGUGAGGUGUGCCAGACCAGGACACUGAUGCAGCUGGUGAACACCUCUUUGACUCUUAAUAGAAGAUCUAAAGAGCAGUUUUCUCAGUUUUGAUAACACAGAUAGCUACACCAGGUAUUAUUCAUUCAUUGUACAAGCAGCUACAUAACACUUUCAAUUAGAACAUCCUUCCAAUAUUUUGGCAGUACUAGGCUAUUGGACUAGUCUUCAGAAAGACUUUAAGGCUACAUUCACACAAGCAGAACCACAGCGUAUUUUACGCUGCAGAUCUGCCACUGAAGGACCCCUGCAUGGUGGCUUUACAUAUGCCUGCUUGGAGUGGCAAUACGCUGCUACAAGCAGACACACUGCGAUGUGUGAGUUGCCGCACAUGCGCUGUGUACUCUGCAUGCGUGCUGCGACUCGCACAUCGUAGCAGCUAACUUCCACUCCGAGCAGCCACCAUGCAGCGGUCCUUUAGCAGCAGAUCUGCAGUGUAAAACACGCUGUGGGUCCGCUCGUGUGAACAUUCCCAAAGGCUGGAUUUUAGAAUUCAAAGGGGUGGUGUUGCAGUUGUUUAGCCAUAGCAGAGCAUUCAAUAGAUUACUAAGUUAGAAACCUGUCUCCUUGUCACAGUUUCACUUUAAGUUUACUUACCAGCCUUAAAGGGGAGCUUAGGCACUUAAAACUCAUUCCCUAUUCUGUGAAUAGGGAAUAAGUGUCUGAUCGUGGGGUCCGACUGCUGAGACCCCCCGCGAUCACUUAUCCCCUAUCCUGUGGAUAGGGGAUCAUUUGCUCAGUACCGAAAUUCCCCUUCAAGUCAAACCUGCCAAUGUACAAAAACAACCUAUGGAGUGUGCGGUUAUCCAUGUAAUUUAUCAUGGUUAUUUGUUUAAUGCUGCUCCAGUAUAUGCUUAAUUUCCUACACUCAUCUCUUGGCAAUAGUUAUAUUUUCUGUUGACCGUUCACAACUGAUUAGGGGCUUAUCUAUGAGUUAACCCCAGUUUACAUGCCUCUAUUUGCAAUAGCACAUGAUGAUUUACUAGAAUUGGCAAUGUGGAGUGCUGAAGGCAUUAUACUACCAUUACGCAGUUAAAUGGGCACUGUCAAAUUCAAAAACUUUUUAUAUGUUGUACAUCUUGGCAAAACAUUGGGGGGGAGAUUUAUCAAAACCUAUCCAUAGAAAAAAAAUUGAGUUGCCCAAUAGCAACCAAUCAGAUCUCUUCUUUCAUUUUUCCGAGGCCUUUUCAAAAAUGAAAGAAGAGAUCUGAUUGGUUGCUAUGGGCAACUCAGCAACUAUUCCUCUGGACAGGUUUUGAUGAAUCUCCCACAUUAACCUUUCUAAUAUACUUCGUAAGAAAAUGUUUUUUUCCCUUUUUAUAGAAAUAAUGGCUUAUAAAAUCAUGGCUUUGUCCAAGCUGAAGCACAGACAUGGAUAAAGACAUGAUAUCUAUAAAAAGAAAUAACAUUUUCUUAUGAAGUCUAUUAGAAAGGUUAAUGUUAUGCCAAGAUGUACAACAUCUAAAGUUUUUGUAUCUGACAGUGCCCAUUUAAGAAAAGGUUAGGGUCUUGCCUGAAGAGACUUUUAAAGAGGUUAUCCAGCAUUAGAAAUAAACUGCUGAUUUCUUCCAAAAACAGCACCACGUCUGUCUCCAGGUUGGGUGUGGUUUUGCAGCUCAGUUCCAUUGAAGUGAAUGGAGCCAAGUUGUAAUACUGUACAACCUGUAGACAGGUGCGAUGCUGUUUUAAGAAGAAAUUAGCUCUGUUUUUUUUAUUUCUAAAUAACCCCUCUAAAGAGAACCUGUGACAAGUAUUGUUAGUAGAUCAGUGUGUCUUCAGCUGUGGCGAAACAACAACUCCCAGCGUGCCUAGAAUGCCAAAGGCUGUCCGGGAAUGUUGGGAGUUAUACUUUUGGAACAGCUGGAGACACACAGUUUGGAAAACACUGUAGAAGAUAAUACUUGUAUUCCCCAUAAAAUAAUUUCCAGCAUCUUUUCUUAUAGCUCUGUAUUAUGCCAUUCCUAUUAUUCUGUUACUGUAUUAAUAUAUUAAAGUGGGCAUUACGAUUAGACAUUGUCAAUGGGGUGGGUCCCUACUUAAAAUGACUCUGGCCAUACAGCACUGAUCUUGUCACUGUGUGUACAGACCAACCUCAUUGACCUGGGAAUGGUUACACACCAAUGUAUUCAUACUUUCCAAUGAGGAAAUAAUAAAAGGACAAUACAAUGCAGAGUACUGAGGGAAAAAAGGCUUCAGCAUCAGUUGUAGUAGAUACUUGCAUUUCCCAGAAGUGAUGGGUCUGCUUCUUCUCAUCCAUUUUCUAACCCAUUACCUUCUGUUCAGACUGUAUUUUUUUAAAUAAAGUUAUUGCAUUGGCUGACUCUCUUCAUAGUCUUUUUUGUAAUUUUAGAGACAAAGCUGUUGUAGUUUACAUAAUUUGGCUGACAGGUGCCAUAGUUUGGAACAGUAUUACCCAAACGUAUCUGGAAAGGGAACCCUGGCAGCUAACAGCUAUCAAGGUCACAGUAAUGUCUUUCAUUAACAGCAAUAGGAUUCAGAGUUCAGUCAUUCUGUGUAAUGGCAAUGGUGAAAGAUGAAGCGAACUGGCAAAAUCGGAACUUUCGACAACACGCGGUAAACCGGUUUACUGGGAAUCUACUUGAGAUACUGCGUGAUUCUAAGGAUUCACUGUAGCUACCAAUACAGUACAAGCUUACUGUGUGCGAUAACCACGAUGCAUAGAAUCACGUCAUUAAGCUGGAUAGGGGAGAUUCAUAUAUGGAUCCAUUUUCUUUUAUAAUAGGGAAUCCACCAGUUAUCACCAAAAGACUUUGGCUCCUCUCUAGUUCCAGUUGCUUGGAGAAGAUGAGAGUUCCAUUUCCAAAUGUCCAGGCACAGAGAAGCACAACUGUAUGAAGUCCAGCAAGAUUCUAUUAAUAAAUAGGGAACCUGCCUGCACAGCAUAGAGAUGUAUUUUUCCCACAAACGACUGGAUUGCAAGAUUUAAUGGGCACUGUCAUUUGGAAAAACCUUUGACAUAUCCUAGUGACACGGCAAAUUUUGUUUGGCCGGGGUCUGUGUGUUUAGACCUCAGCCAAAUAAGGAAAACAAGCCGGGAGAAGUUUUUGCUCAGCACAUUCUCUCCUGGCUCUGUGUCACGUGAUCAAAACAAACCGAGUGUCUCGAUCAUGUGACAGAUCAGCCAGAUGAGUACACAGCAGCGCACACUGCUCCUGGUUCUGUAGAGGUCUAAACACUCAGACCCCUGCCGAUAAAAUUUUUUUUACAUGUUGCUAUGUCAAGAGUUUUGCAAGUUGACAGGUACCAUUAUAGGGACACUUUAAAUGGAAGGAAUUAUGUUUCGCAAACAUCACAAUAAAAUUAAUCCAGAAAAGCCUAAAGAAAUCAGAAUUAAAUUGGCAAUGCAGUCAUUUCUUCAGAUCAUCUACACAAACACUUAAAGGGGUAUUCCACCCCUACACAUUCUAUCACCAGGAUAGGGGGAUGUCUGAUCACGGGUCCAGCCGCUAGGGACCCCUGCGAUCUUGGCUGCAGCACCCAACAUGCAUGGAGCAAACUUUGCUCCAUGCCGGAUGACUGGGGAUGCGGGGCGGAUAGGGGGUGUGGCAGUGACAUCACGAGUGGAGCGUGGCUAUGAGGUUACAAGCCUCCGGCACCGCACCCGACGCUCUAAACGACUGCCGGGUGCAGCAGGGAGAUCAUAGGGGUUCCCAGUGGCAGGACACCCGCAAUCAGACAUCUUAUCCUCUUUAAGGCCAU